AUGAAGGCUCAAUUUGUUAUCCUAUUCGUUGUUAUGUGCUUGGCUUUGGCUUUUGAAUGCUACGCCGCUCCCCCCCCUCCCGUUUGCAAUAUCGUUCUUCAGGGACAGUUUACACACCAAACUGGCGAUGGAAAUUCCGGCUGCUUUGGUCUUGACAGUUCCGAUCCAAUAAGCAGUAUUACGCUUGGCAAAGCUACCACUAAGUGGACGUUUUUCUCUGACUUUGGCUGCAAAGGAACUGUUGUUGACACCGGUGUCGGUGAUAAAAAGUUUGCCACUCCUAUCGCGCCUAACUCGGUUCUAUUGGCGUGUCCAUAG